UACCAGAGAACCGCUGGCCGUACUUCAUUUUUCCAAAAUUCACUAACACAGCAAAAGUGAACUAGAAUUCUGCUCGGGCUUAAAAAUGUGCGUGAAACGCCAGAAAAUUUUAGAAAUGGCUUUCCUGAGGGAGGAACUUUAAUAAAGCCGAGUACAAGACAUGUAAAGAUGAGUUUGUCGCCGUCAAGCGGUAGGAAUACGGCUCGGAAUUUGGGAGAAACUGACCAAAAUGAGUCGAGUGCUGGUCGCGAUGCAUCGGAUAUUUUCGAAUGUCUGACGCUAGAGUUUGGUCCUUAUGAAACAGUACAUAGAUGGGAACGUAUGCCAGCUUGUGAUGAAUUUGUUGGGGCGAGGUAUGUGGUGUAUUUUUUAAAUUCUCUCGCAAACCAGAGCUGUAAAAUUAUAUUUAUAUUUUGACAAUGUGUCUGGCCGAAAAUGACGUCAUUCAAGACGUCAUAGUUGAUGGUAGCACCACAGAAUAAGAAGGUACUGCAGAAGCGUCACUCGAGUAGGUUCCCUUAUUGUUUUACGUCCACGAAAAUUUUAACUCGCCCACACCAUCCUGGCUAGUACAACCGGAAGUUUUUAUCUGGUUUUGGUAGGUACAAAGUGCCGGUCGUACUAGGCUAGCCAGGAUGGCGUGAUUGAUGACGAAUCGCUAGUAAAAACGCGGACAAAUAUUUGCUUGAGUGAGUCUGCUGUACCUUUCUAUUCUGUGGUAGCUCAGAGUAGAGACAUACAGAGACGUAACUAGUGUACCCACUUUUUUUUGUGCGCAUGCUCGGCAAGUUACUAGAUGCAUGCACUUGAUUGGAUGACAACUCACAAUAAACUUGCUGAGCACGCUCAGUUGAUGAUUUUUCGCCCCGUCGCCUGAAAAAAAGAGGGUACGCGAUAACCUAAGCUUCCGCAGUGUUUACGACUGUCAGUUACGUCUCUGUAUGUCUCUACUCUGGGGAAUAGACCAGUCUUAUGCAUAAUGUCACAAGGCUUGAUGCUUAUGAGGAAUGCUUGUCUUAGUAGUCAUCAAAAUUUUGACCGUGGGCAUUUUGAAUUGUUUAAUUUUCCCGCACGAUGACUACUAUUGGACCAGCAUUUCCAUUUUGCAUAAUUUUGCAUGACGUCAUUUUGCAUAUUGACUGAUUCACUGUUUGUUGUAUGUUAGGGUUACUUUAGCACUUUCCCUCUGACAGGUAAAAUCGUCUGGCAUUAGACUUAGAGUAAAAUGAUAAAGUAGGACGCAUCUGGGCGCAUUAAUGCCAUUUAAAGGGUUAUCAUCAGUUAUUAUUACUCCAAGUCAUUGUCAUUUACUCAAUGUCCAGUAAUAUUUUGUAAUUUAUUCUCUUCUCUACAGACGCAGCAAACAUACAAUGGUCGCUUACAACAAUGCUUUGUAUGUCUUUGGUGGCGAUGAUGGGUAUGUUACUAAAUCAUCUGGUCUUAGACAGAGGAAAAUAGUUGUAGUGAUUCACUGAUAAUUGCGCCCUGAUGUGCCCUACUUUAUUAUUUUACUCUGUCUAACGCCAGAUUAUUUUACUCUCUAAGACUUUUUCUAACGCCAGCCAACUUUACUCCUCAAGGGUAAAGCGCAGCAGGGCCGCAGAGAGGGGGGGGGCCUGAAAAUUUUUUGUUGGGCCCCAGUCUUUUUUGUGUGUUAAAUAUUUCUGCGGAAAGGACAAGAUAUCUGUUUUCUUGGGCUAAGUACCAAAAUUUGGCAUAAAAAAUGAGAUAAAGUCCCUGUAAAGCAAUUGGAAUGUACUUGUCCGGAAAAAUUUUCUACUCCUGAAAAAUUUUUUUUACUCCUAAAAUGGUACACUGACCAAAAAUAUUUUGGCGACGGGGAGGGGGGGGGGAUUUUUUCCGGAAAAAUUUUUUAGAUAGGGCCCCCCCAAAAAAAAAUUUGCCCCGGGCCCCCGCCAACCUCUUGGCAGCCCUGGCGCUUAAUGGGUUAACUGGCCUAUCUGCAUGCUCAUGUGUCUAAUAGUUAUUAACCCAAUUUAGCUGCGAGACACAUAACAUCGACUUUUUAUAAUUUUUUGGACGAAUGAUCAUAGUAAAUUUACUUUAGAAAAAUUGCUUUUCACAUUGUUUUAAUUGUCUGCAUUGGUUAACGAGAAUUAGAUGCCACCCAAAAAUGGCGGAUAUUUGUCAUCGUGAGAAAGGCUACUUGAGUCGCAUUGCGCCCAACUUUAUUAUUUUACUCUCUCUGACGCCAGAUUAUUUUACUCUGUCUAAUGCCAGACAAAUUUACUUGUCAAUGGGAGAGUGCUGGCGCUUGAUGGGUUAAUUAAUUAACCAAAAUAUCUGCCAAUGUGUAUAUUAACCCAUUGAGUACUGGUACCAGUAUUCUCCCCUUGGUAAGUAAAAUCAUCUGGCGUUAGACAGAGUAAAAUAAUAAAAAGUAGCUAGUCACAUUGGAGCGCAAUGCAAUACAAAUGCACCCAACCACUGUAAUUUUACUAUCAUCGCCUGAUGGCAGACAAUUUUACUCGAUCCUCAAAAGACAGUGUCUUGCCAUUCUAUCUUGCCAUUAAGUUAACCUGUAAUAUAUACCUAAAUGCACUGUCUUUGCCAGUGUACAGUAGAUAGUGCCAAUGAAAUGGACAUGCUUUUGUUGGUAAGAAUUCAACUACCUGAAAAUAUAUAAUGCCAAAUAAACAUAAUAGUGGGUUUCAGGUUUCCGACCGACCUGUCAAAAACAUGACCGACCAUAAACAUUUUAUUGACAUUUCCUAGUAGUGAGCAUCUUUUCGUAAUUAGCAGAAUAUAUAAAUAGUUAUCAGACUCAUUUGUCUACAAAUUAUUUUGUUUGCUUAUAAUCUAAUUCAUUAUCUAGUCAUGUUAAUCAUAGUUUUACACAAAGAGCAGUUGAAUAAAAUAUUAAAAACGUACAUUAUUCUCUGUAUUCUGACAUUGAAACUAUGGCUGAAAAAAUAUGAAAAUGCUUAGUUGAUGCAUUUGUUUCUCGCGAAAUACAUGUAGCUUGCAUGUGUACUUUGUGAAACACAUGUGAAAACAAUAAAAACUAAGAGUUUAUAAUGAGUUUUAACUUAUAUUUAUUGCAUACUUGAGAUAAAAUAUUUUUUUAAAAUAAAAUGUUUUUCCGACCUACCUACCCAUAUAAAACAUGGCUGUGAAACCUGAAACCAACUAUUAUUUUUAUUUGGCCUAAGGAAAAUUUCUAUGUUUUGAGUGAAUAGGACCUUUGUAAGUCUGGACAAAGACUCUUCAAACGGCCCUUCAGGCUUCAGUAAGCAAAGGACCCUUCAGUAACUCCAGACAAAGGGCCUUUGCUCGAAACGUCGGAAAUUCUCCUCAUAUAUUUUCAGGCAGUUGCAUAUCCCUACCAACGAAAGCUUGUUCAUUAUACAAAUAAUGAAUGUUUAUGAGUGCAAUGGUAAGAAUAUUUUCAUGAGGUGAAAGAUGGAAUGUUCCAUUCAACGAGGCGACAGCCGAGUUGAAUGGAACAUUCCAUCUUUCACCGAGUGAAAAUAUUCUUACCAUUGCACGAAUAAAAACAUUCAUUAUUUGUUUUAUAUAAUACCAAAAUAGAGUAAUAUUAAAAGGUUUACUGCAAGCUCCCGCCAUUUUGACGAGUCGUAUUUGCAUUAAAUCCCAUUUACUGAGUUUCGAAUAUCGGGUUAAAAUAAACUGCGAUCACCGUACGAGAAGCAUUUUGACGGAUGCGAUUUAUCGAAAACACAAAGAGUGCAAUGGAAUAAAACGUAUAGUACAAUUGCACUCGUAAGAGUGCAAUGGAACGUAUUCCAUUGCACUCUUGGGAAAUGGAAUUUUCUUUUCAAUAUCACGUGACCAUAAACAGCCAAUUAAACGAUCAGAAUUCAAUAAGGUAUUAUAUAAACCUAAAUCUCCUACUUUAUUAUGUUACUCAGUUAGGUGAUUUUACUCUGUCUAAUGCCGGACAGUUUCAUGUGUCGAGGGAAAAGCAAGUGUAAUAGCAAACAAAAUCGUUUUGCAUCAGAUCAGGUUGUACAGAUUAAAGAAAAGAUAUACCUCAAUUUAAUUUAUUUUUCUACAACAAAACGUCUGUAUAUUGUCAAUAAUUAUUUUCCACUCAGAGAAUGGCACUACAUUCAUGCCACAGCAUGCACAAUUUAAUUUCUAGCUCUGUGUCAAUUAUAUAUUCUUCUGCAAACUUUAGGAAACGUAUGUUGAAUGAUUUGUUACGUUUUGAUGCAAAAGACUGUUCUUGGGGAAGGUAGGAUAGCCAUUCGAUUGAUUGGGGGAGGGGGUGUAGAAAGGUGUGUACACCCCUUCUUCUGGAACAAUAGCAUAGAUUUGAGCCUGUCAAGGUGAUCUUGUCUGUGAAAAACAUGCUAAGCAGAAACCUAAACUGAACUAACUUUAAUUAUACUACUAGAUAGCUCUAUCAGUUUUAAGCUGUUCUUUCUAGAGGUCCAGUAAGGAUCAUCUUCUAUUAAUUCAGUGUUACUGCAGGAGGAAACCUAAACUGAACUAACAUAUUAUACUAGAUAGCUCUAUCAGUUCUAAACUGUUCUUUCUAGAGGUCCAGUAAGGAUCAUCUUCUAUUAAUUCAGUGUUACUGCAGGAGGGAACCUAAACUAAACUAACUUUAUACUGGAUAGCUCUAUCAGUUUUAAACUGUUCUUCUUAGAAGUCCAGUAAGGUUCAUCUCUUAUUGAUCCAGUGUUACUACAGGAGGAAACCUAAACUAAACUAAGUUUAUUUAUACUGAAUAGCUCUAUCAGUUCUAAACUGUUCUUCCUAGAGGUCCAGUAAGGAUCAUCUUUUAUUGAUCCAGUGUUACUACACGAGGAAACCUAAACUAAACUAACUUUAAUAUUUAUACUGGAUAGCUCUAUCAGUUCUAAACUGUUCUUCCUAGAGGUCCAGUAAGGAUCAUCUCUUAUUGAUCCAGUGUUACUACAGGAGGGAACCUAAACUAAACCAACUUUAUUUGUACUGGAUAGGUCGGUAAGGGUCAUCUCUUAUUGUUUCAUUGAAUCUGCCGUUUCCCAGGAAAACCUACUGUACUGUUUAUUAGAGUCGCACUGGAAGUUAUACUUUCUAACAUACGAAUGGGUUGAAAUUAAUAUUAUCAAACCAGUGCUGUUAAUCCCAGAGAUUGAAAACAGAAGCAGUAUAAUAAUCACUGUGCCAUCAACGAAUACUGAAAUUCUACUCUCUGUAUUUCAUGUUUAACAGAGUGGUAACCACAGGCAACCCUCCAGCACCAAGAUAUAACCAUUCUGCUGUUGUUUUUGCCACCAGUAUGUUUGUCUUCGGUGGUUUUACAGGUAUGACUAUAAUAAUGUUUUGUACCUGUGAAACAAUAUACAUUCCAGUGUUGACCUUUUUGAUACUUUUGGUACAAAACUUUGAGGGUUUAUCAGUAUGCUAUAUAUUUGAAGGUCGUAGCCUACAGUAAGCUGUCGUGAUUUGUGUGUGAACUACCUGAAAAAGAUAUCUCAAACGUGAUGGUCCAGUGUGGGUAGUAUUCUACAAUAAGCUGCCGUGGUUUGUGCCUGAACUACCUGAAAAAUAUAUCUCAAACAUGGUUGUCCAGUAUAGGUAGUAUUCUACGUCUACGAUAAGCUUUCGUGGUUUAUGUUUGGACUCAUCUAUUUAAAAAGAUUAAUUAAAAAUACAUCGAGCGAAGGCAAUUUAUCAGAAGGUUAGUUAGUUAGAUUCAAGUGGGGCAUUUAAUUAACCAAUUGCAAACCAGUAUUUAUAAUAUGAGGUGAUGACCACCCGUGACGGUACAUUAAAUGUUCUAUCUUGUGUAAACAAAUGCCGGUCUGCAAAAGACGCUUAAUUUUAAAGCAUUUUUACCGAAGCGCGGUUUAUCUGUUGCUUUAAAGUCGUAAUUUUGCGAAAACUUCGAAGCAAAUUUUGAUACAGACUUCAUCCACAUCGAUCGUAAUAUAAAUGUGCUCAAUUUAUUAAGACGGCUUUUUCUUGGUAUAAAAUGCCAUUUUCUUGGAACUCAUUCUAUAUUUUCAAUUAAGAAAUUGUUUGUUUUCAUGAUGAAACCAAUUACGAGCCAGUAUUAGUAUGAGGUGAUGACCUCUGGUCACAAGACAUUCAAUAUUCUAUUUCAUGCCUGCAAAUUCCUGUUUUGUAAAGACGCUUUAAACACUUUAUGCGGAAGCGAUAUUUGUCUGCUGCUCUAAACAGAUCAUUUUGUUAAAGAUUUGAAGCAAAUACUAACACAGACCUUCUCGAAGAACGAACACUUAUUGUAUCUAUCUGUAUUUUGUCGAUAUAGCGAGGUUUAUACUGCAGAGCGACUGAUAUCAACACAAAACUUGCUUUGGCAUAACGAAACAAGGACGGCGUGAAAUAUAUGGCGUCUUAUGUACCAGGCUUUGACGAGGAAAGGUUUGUGAGCACAGUCAAUCGAAAUUUCAUCUGUUCGAUUUGCUUCAAUGUCCUUAAGGACCCGGUUCUGUGUCCGAGAAAUCAACAUUGUUUCUGUCGUGGUUGUAUUACGAAACACCUCGAGAAUUCACGAAGAUGUCCUACGUGUGCGGACGUACUGACUGUAGCGACUUUGGCCGAGGCAAGCAGAAUGGUAAAAGAUAUUUUAAAUGAACUGGAUAUUCAUUGCGUUCACAAGAACAGAGGUUGUCAAGAUGUCGUACAAUUACAACAUCUUGAACGCCACGAGACUACGUGUGGAUUUACGCCAGCCGUUUGUUCAAACCAAGGCUGUGGUGUAAUUGUAAACAAGCGUGAUCUUAUUCACCACGAAAGUGAAGUUUGCGAGUUUAGAAAGUUGAAGUGUCAUUCGUGUGGAGAAAUGACAAAAACGCUGGCGGAUAUGGAGAAAAAAAUUGUAAAUCUGGAGAGAAAUAUGGCGACGAAGAUAACAGUGGAAACAAAAAUGGCGAGUAUUAAGACGAAAGUGGCGAAUGUUAAGAGGAAAGUGACGAAUGUUGAGACGAAAGUGGCGAAUGUUGAGAGGAAAAUGGCGAUUAUGGAGACAAACAUGAAUAGGGGUAUGGCUGAUAUAAAAACAGAUAUGGAAGGAAAACUCGAAGCAGUAAAUAAUGAGGUGAAAGGAUUGAAAACAGCUUUGAUUGAAGGUUUUGAUGAAAUGAAGGAUGUUCUUGUCAAGGUGGAGGACAAGAUAGAAGAAAACCCAAGAAAAAGAAGACGUACAGCAAGUGGUGAUAAGGAAAACAUAAUUGUUGCUGGAGGUUAUGGAACUGAUUCUGUAGAGAUGUUUAACUGGCGUCAAAGAACAUGGUCGCCAUUACAAUCCUUGCCAGAAGAGCGUUAUGGAGCGACUGCGUUUGUUUACAACAAUCAUGUAACAGUAGUUGGGGGUGAAUGUUGUGAUUCUGGCUAUAUGCAUGAUAUGAUUAGCAUGAAUACUGACCCAAACUUUCAUGUCGCAUCAUAUUGGAGUAAGUGUCGUGUUAAACUACCUGCUAAGUUGUCAUACCACAGCAGCGUACUGUAUAACGACCAAUUGAUAGUCACUGGCGGUGAUAAUGGGAAUGAUACAUCUGACUGUAUUGAUGUAAUACAGCUUAGUCUUCCCUAUACUGUGAAGACGUUAUCAACAAUGCUAGAACCAAGACAGCGUCACAGCACGGAAAUAUUUAACGAUGAUUUGUUGAUUGUUGGUGGAAGUACAACUGACAGAUACCAGGACAACCUCAGCAGUGUCGUACUGUAUGAUAUAAAGAAGAAUGAAUGUAAACAGUUGGCACCACUGCCACGUGAAGUGAGUGAGAUGGCAACUGUGAGAUGGGGAGACAACAUUGUUGUUAUAGGUGGUAUUGACAAACGUGGCAAUAUAUUGAAUUCAGUUGUCAUGUACAAUGUUAACACGGGUCAAAAUCGCACGCUGCCGUCAAUGAGAUGUAAGAGAUGGGGAUGUACUGCAGUUGUUAUUGGAAACAACAUUGUAGUACUGGGAGGAGUGGGUGAGCAAGGACGUGAUCUGAAGUCAGUCGAAGCUUUCAACUUUGAAAGUUAUACUUGGCAAGAACUUCCAGAAAUGUCGCAAGAAAGAUGGCUUCACACUGCUGUUGUUGUGUGAACAAUCUAAGAAUGUUGAACUCGCUUCUUUAAUAUAAUAAUAUAGAGACUAUAAUCAUAUUAUGAACAAUUUAAAUUGGAGUUAAAAUCGAAGUGAUAGUUUGGUAUUAUAAGUUUUUUCAACUAUAUGAAUAUAUUAUUGAACCACACUAUCACGUAACGAGAUGUGUUCGCAACAGACCUGUAGCAAGCUUGUCAACAAGUUGUAACAAUGAUGUUAUUUAUCAAGUUGCUACAAGGUUGUCACUCAUAACUUGUUUAACAAGUUGCUGAAUUGCAGGACGAUGACAUGUUGUUGGAAUAACUUUAACAAAUUUGUUGAGAGUCGACGACUUUGUAGUAACUUGUCAACAAGCCGGAAACAAGCAGUCUUGGUACAAGUCUGGUGCUAGUUUGUCAAUGUUUGAAAAAGAGAAUGAAUAAGUAGGGCCUAAACGUAAUAUUGUGAACGAUUUCUUUCAUAAUUUAAUAAUAGUAUAGAAACACGUUGUAAUUGUUUUGUUUUGUAUUAUCAAAUGCCAUCAUGGAUAAUAAAAUCAAUUUUAGAAUUCUGAAAUCUCUGUAGUCUUUUAUCGUGUUUACACGAAGCAUGAAAGUGGGUAUUUUGGGAUAUUAUUUUUUCAGAUAGUUCAGACAUAAACUACGACAGCAUAUUGUCGAAUACUGGACCACUACGUUUGAGAUAUUAUUUUCAGGUAGGUCAGACACAAACCACGACAGCUUAUUGUAGAAUUAUACUACCUACACUGGACUACCACGUUUGAGAUAUCUUUUUCAGGUAGUUCAGACACAAACCACGACAGCUUAUUGUAGAAUACUACCUACACUGGACCACCACGUUUGAGUUAUCUUUUUCAGGUAGUUCAGACACAAACCACGACAGCUUAUUGUAGAAUACUACCUACACUGGACCACCGUCACCGCUAAGGACAUUGUAUCUUUUUAAAUAAACCUGAUAUUAAUUUUAUUUUUCAAAGGUGAUAUCAAUUCGAAUUCAAAUCUACUCAACAGAAAUGAUCUUUAUGAAUUCAAGUUCACCAAUGGUCAUUGGUGUCAUUGGCCAAUCGAAGGAAGGUAAAUAUCGGUCGGUUGGGUUAAGGUCCAGACACACCAGACGCGAUUCAACAACGCCACGCGAUCGAUAACAUUGAUCCUAGUUUAAAUUUUCCAAAUAUUUAGACGCGUUAUAACAUUUUCAGUUAUUUGGUCUACAUAUCUUUUAAAAUUUGCUCUCAUUGGCUGUUUUAUAUAUUAAAUUUUAAAAACUAAAAAAUCGCGUCCCGUUGUCGAAUCCCAUCCGGUGUUUCUGGACUUCAGUCAGAGAGGCACACACUUCUUCGCUCUGUCAUUUUAGAGUAGUUUUAUAUGGUUAACCCAACUCCUGACGUCAUCAAAACCAUAGUUAAUGAGGUCAAGAAUUAGGCCAAGAUGGCAGACACCUCAUUAAUUUUGGUCUAAAUAUUUCGAGAACUAAGCAAGAUAUGACAAAUCGGUAAUAGAGUUUAAUAUAUAAUUUUAAGAGUUCUUUUGAAUGAGACAAACUCAUUUUUUAUUGCCAAUAUCCUUUAAACAAUUCUGGACAACUCAUGUGAGUGGACAACGACAUGAAAAUUUAUAUUUUUUGUUCGAGUUUCAAUUAAUUGUACAUUUGACUAUUGCAAUAGGCAGCCUUAAUUGAAAUAGAUGUACAUAUUGUAUACUUAGGACGAUUCUACGAUAUGAAAGACAAUAGGUCUAAGUAUUUCGAGAACUAAGCAAGAUAUGACAAAUCGGUAAUAGUGUUUAUAUAAUAACUACAGUGAAACACGCAAUUUGAUUGGUCAAUAGCCGUGCGGGAUCAGGCUAUCCUGCACGAGGAAUUGAAAUGCCUUCGCGGGAUUUUCGCGGGAUUCUCAAAAUAUCAUUGUUUCACUGUAGUUAUUUUAUAAAACAAUUACCAAAUGGUUUUCCAAGCAGGAUAGCGUGAUCCAUGCACUUGGGAUGUUGCUCGACUUUCGGAAAGCGUAAAAAUACACUCGCUUGCGGCUCGAGUAUUUUUACGCUUUCCAAAAGUCUCGCGACAUCUCUCGUGCAUGGAUCACGCAAUCCUGCACGGAAAACCAUUUGGUAUUCCUUUAUUAAUAUAUAAUUUUAAGAGUUCUUUUGAAUGAGAGAAACUUUUUUAUUGCCAAUGUCCUUUAAAUACCAAAUAAAUUUAUAAUUUUGUUGCCAAUGUCGUAUCAAUAUCUAGUAUACAAUAUAGAAACUGAUCUCAAACUGAUCUUACCUCGCAGGGUACCUCCAGCACGCUCAGCCCAUGGUGCCGCCGUUUAUAAUCAAAAGUUGUGGGUGUUCGCAGGCUAUGACGGCAGUAAGAGGUGA